CGAAAGUAAUCUGUCUUUUACGACAUACCAACGACGUUUCUCGAUCAUUGGUGAAUAUUUUCUAAAAUAAAUAACCUUUUAUUCUAAAUACCUACGUAAUUCUGCAAGUUAAACAAUAUUUAACCAGUUUACAUUUUCUCUUACCUUUUAUUACUUGCGAAAAUUAACUGUAGAUUGCAUCAUGUUGUCCCGAAUGUGUAUCGCUCGAUCAGCGUUCACUGUAACGCAUACACUUAAGACUCCUGUCCCAAAACAAUUCGUACCCAGGAAUUAUAUUGUUAGGAACUAUGCUCGCGAAUCUCGGUCCAGAGUUGCUUCUAGGACACAGCCGACUAUCUGGGAGAAAUUAAUGGCUCCUGCUGGUCCUAAUGCCUUCAGCUUAGGUAAGGGAGCACUUGCUGGAGCCUCAGCAGUAGGCCUUGUGGCUCUGUGCUACUAUGGCUCAGGAGUGAAACCUGGCACAUUACAAGAAGCACAUUUGUGGCCGCAAUAUGUGAAAGACAGAAUUAAGGCAACAUAUGGCUAUAUAGCUGGAUCAUUAGUAAUCACCGCUGGGAGUGCUGUUGCCGUAUUCAGAACACCGGCAUUACUGAAUUUAGUUGCGCGUAAUGGAUGGAUGUCCAUCAUAAUGACGCUGGGUCUGAUGAUUGGCUCGGGCAUGGUAGUGAGGGGAAUGGACUACCAACCCGGCUUUGGAGCCAAGCAGUUAGCAUGGAUUGUUCACACUGGUAUCAUGGGAGCUGUUAUUGCACCAAUCUGUUUCCUUGGUGGACCCGUACUUAUGCGAGCUGCGUGGUAUACCGCCGGUGUUGUUGGCGGUCUGAGUACGAUUGCUAUUUGCGCGCCAUCAGGUGAAUUUCUCAACAUGCGAGCGCCUCUCGCAAUGGGUCUGGGCGCGGUAUUUGCUGCAUCUCUAGCUGGAAUGUUUUUGCCACCUACAUCUGCACUAGGCGCAGGUCUAUAUUCUUUGAGUUUGUAUGGUGGAUUGAUUGUAUUCAGCGGAUUUUUGCUAUACGACACCCAAGCCAUAAUCAAACGAGCAGAGGUGCACCCAGCAUAUGGAUUCCAGCGUUACGAUCCAAUUAAUUCGGCCAUCUCAGUGUAUCUAGACGUACUUAAUAUUUUUAUGCGCAUCGCCAUGAUACUGUCUGGUGCUGGAGGCAACAAAAGGAAAUAAUUUGCAACCCUCAUUUAGACCAUUAUUUAAAGAUGUUUCAUAUACUUCGCAUAUAGGCACGUAGGUACCUAAAUUAUGAGGCGUGGAAAAAGCAAAAAUUCAACGUGCUUUGUUUCUCCCAUUUGGAAGACUUGUGAUAUUAAUGCGUAGUUUUUAAGUUUCAUGUAUUUUUCUUUUGUUAAAAAUUCAUAUUGUUAAUUUUAGACAUUAAUAAAUUAAUAAGUUUUA